GGCUAUUGCGAGGCUUCAACUACCACAUACACCGCUUUAUCAGAAUCAUUUGGCCCAUUCUGUGGUGGUGUUCUUAUUGGACCUUCUGGAGAAACAAUAAUGCCACAAUAUACAGAAACUAAUGGAAACAGUGCUCAAUGUACGUGGUACAUAGAAGUUGCAAGAGGCUAUCGAAUACAGAUCCAGAUUGCACCAUAUUCAGAAGUAAACUUCUAUCCUUGCAACAUGGACGUUAUUUCUGUAAUUGAUGGUCCUUCUGGCAUUUUUCCAAUUAUUGGAUUGAAUUGUUUUGGAGAAUAUGGAACAUAUGAAUCAUCAUCCAACUUUUUGACAGUGACCUCUAAUUUAUCUUCAGUCAAUACAAAUUCAGCAUUUCUUAUAAAUUACAGAACUGUUCCUGUGUUCUCAGAUUCGGACAUCACAUGCUCUUCUUACUUCAUGACUGUAAAGCUACAUCAGCCAUACAUCUGGUCACUGGGGUACAACGCAAGUGAUCUGCAUUUAGAUGAUGCAGCCUGUACACCACAAAUAUUUGGGUCAAUUAUUCUGUUUAAAUUUCCACUUAAUGAGUGCGGAACUAAUAGAAAGGCAGUAAAUGGUACCAUAAUUUAUUCCAACAAUGUCAGAUCUUCUCCUUCUAAUGGACUGAUAACUCGUGAGACUUAUCUCAGACUCAAUGUACAAUGCAAAAUGGAACAGGAGGCAAUUACAGACAUCAUGUACCAAGCAAAUGGAGGAAUUACUGCAAAUGAAACUGGCACAGGCACUUACAACAUCAGCAUGGUAUUCUACCACGGUGAUUUCACUAGUCCAGUAUUAGAAAACCCCUACAUUGUUGACCUAAAUGAAGAUAUCUUUGUUCAAAUUAUGCUCUACACUUCAGAUUAUUUGGAAGUUUUCAUUGACACCUGCACUGCUUCACCAUCUCAGUUUGGUUAUCCUUCAUAUGACUUGAUCAGAGAUGGGUGUGUAAGAGAUGACACAUUUGUUGCCUUCCCAAGUACUUCGUUUGACAUUGCACGCUUCAGAUUUAAUGCUUUCAAGUUUGUUGACUACUCAUCCAGUGUUUACCUUGAGUGCAAAGUGGUGCUGUGCCAGAUGUAUGACUAUUCUUCACGAUGUAACCGAGGCUGCCAGGCAAGGCGCAGGAGAGAUUUAAGCUCUUCAAAAGAUAAGGUUGAUGUAGUCUCUGGGAGAAUAGAGCUAAGAAAAUACAAGAAUUUUGCAGAAGAAAAUAUAAAGUUAAAGAAAGAAGAGGUCAGUAAAAUUUCUUCAACACAAACACUAGUGUGGAUUUCCAUGACAGCUCUGGCUACUACCACAGCCAUCUUGGCUUUCUUUACUCUGAAGUUUUAUAAGAAAACCACAAAGGAUGAAUGGAGACUUUAACAGAUUAUAAAUUUACAGGUUGGAUAGAGGUCGAGAGCAUUUUACUUUCUUCAAGAAUACUAUAUUAAGUCAACUAAGUUAAUAUGUAAUAAAUAAUAAUUUGAAUGAUACCAAACAGUCUGUAACCUUUAAGAAAUGUAUCUGUCUAUUUUGUUUCUUGGGGAUUUUAAUCAGUGGAAGUUCAAAAUAUGUAAAAGAAUAAAGCUUAUAAAUUAUGACAAAUGAUUCUGGACAUUCAGCUAAAACAGUAAAUUCACAUGAAGUGAACAUGAUUAACAGAAAAAAAACAAAAUAAGGUAAGAAGCAUAUUCUGAUAGAUACAAAGCCCUGUGAACAAAAAUGUUUUUACUUCAAAAUGUUAGCAAUAAACUUCUGUCAUUUUUAUUAACCAACA